AUGUGGACGGGCAAGGCUGCACAUAACACCAAUGUGACAGAUCUGCAUCCUCCAUGGGGUGGAUACCCAAAGUUUGUGAGUCAAGGCUUCAACGACGCCUACCUGCCCAUAUGGCUACAAGAUGCUGGUUACAACACAUACUACGUCGGCAAGCUGUUCAACGCUCAGAGCACGUCCAACUACGACAAGCCUCACGCAGCAGGGUGGACGGGCUCAGACUUUCUGCUCGAUCCGUAUACGUACGAGUACUACAACGCGACCUUUCAGCGAGAUCACAAUCCUCCAGUCAAUUAUCAAGGCGUGUAUUCUACAGAUUUGGUGGCGGAGAAAGCGCUUGGGUAUCUAGACGAGGCACUCAAAGAGGACGAUCCGUUCUUUCUGACCAUUGCACCCACAGCGCCCCACAGCAACGUACACAUCGCAGAUGGUGUAGCAGAACAGUCGAUGCCACGGCCGGCCAGCCGCCACAAGCAUCUCUUCAAGGACGUCAAAGUACCUCGGAGAGCCAACUUCAACCCGGACAAACCCAGUGGUGCUUCGUGGCUUCUAAACUUGCCUUUGCAGAAUCAUACCAAUAUGAACUACAACGACGAAUGGUAUCGCAACCGACUCCGCACACUACAGGCCGUCGACGAGAUGGUUGACCAACUGGUAGGCCAACUGUACGAAGCAGGCGCCCUGGAGAACACGUACAUCUUAUACUCCACCGACAAUGGAUACAGCAUCGGGCAUCAUAGAAGGCAGCCCGGGAAGCAGUGCGCCUUCGAAGAAGACAUCAAUAUCCCUCUUCUGGUUCGAGGUCCUGGCGUCCCACAGGGUCAUCGAACAACAAUCGUGACAUCGCACGUGGACCUUGCACCCACUUUCCUCAGCUUAGCAGGUGUCUCGCAUGGGAAAAUGGCAAAGUACGAAUUCGAUGGCACUCCGGUCCCAUUGCAGCUGGAGGACUUGAUUCUUUCAGAAGAAUCUUGGCCACAGGAACAUGUCAACGUCGAGAUGUGGGGCAUCAUCCAAUCCGAAGGUAAACAUGGGUUCGUCCUCUACCCGAAUCAUACGUACAAAGCUCUUCGACUCCACGGGGAUGGUUACGACCUGCUGUAUACGGUCUGGUGUAGUAACGAGCACGAGCUAUACGACAUGACCAAGGACCCGUGGCAGAUGGACAAUGUCUACAGCGAUGUAUCAAGAAUGUAUACCAUCGGUAUACCCACCGCGAGUCUCAGAGAUGAGAUCUCACCAUCGGUAGGUGUCUUUUCCAACUGCAACAUCACCACGACGAUCUCCCAUCUCAUCUCCCGUCUCGACGCGCUGCUGUUGGUGCUUAAGACCUGCAAAAUGGACGAAUGUCGGUCUCCCUGGUCGUCACUGCAUCCCACAGGAGAGGUGCGGAACCUUCGAGACGCCCUUGACGCGCGCUUCAAUGAGUACUAUCACGAGCAUCCGAAAGUGCGGUAUGAGCGGUGCGAGAGGGGUUACAUCCCGGAGAGUGAAGGUCCAAUGUGGGAUGGCGGCAUGUCCUUUGGGGCCAUGGAGCAUGAAGUUUGGGCUGGGGCCUGA